GGUUGAAAAGAUGGAGUAUAGCUUUAUAAACAAAGUUCCAUUAGUUUUAUAUAUUCUGGUUGUCUUUAGUGGACAUGUGAUUUCGUUUAAAGAUAAUGCUAUUGAUGAAGGCAAACUGGAAGACGAUUUUUCGUUAAUGGACUUUCGCGAUGAAAUAUCUAAGAGAGCACCAAGCAGUGCUGUGGGAAUCUAUAAGAGCCUGAAACACUCCUUCAUAAGUCUUGCAAAACCAAACGCUAAAAUAAGCGUUUCUAGAAGAAGAAGAUCACGUUCUUGGUUCUGGAGUUCUAGACGACGACGUUUUAGUCGUGGGUCAAGAAGAACAGCUUCAUCAAAUUUCAACCCUCGCAAGGAUAUGGUCUUUGUUAUGGAUAGAUCGGGAAGUGUUGGUCAACACCAUUUUAAAUUACAGAAAACGUUUAUCAAACAACUUAUCGAGUACUUUGAUAUUUCUCGAUCUAAAACUUUGGUCGCCAUCCUCACAUUUGCAAGUAACGUUAAACUGGAGUUCGAUUUUAACAAAUAUCCUAACAAGGAAUGUUUAAGAAAUGGGAUUGAAAACAUUCGAUACACUGGAGGCCUCACUGCAACCGGACCUGCACUUCAUUACGUUCUAGACAAUUUGAUAAUGAGUCAUUCUACUGGUGCCAGAAGUAACGCCAUAGAUGGCUAUUCAAACACAGGAAGCCCGCGAAAUCCAUCAAUUCCUGCUGGUAAAUUAAAAGCACGUGGUGUUCAAGUGCACAUUAUGGGCGUCACGACAAGCAUCUCUAAAACUGAACUCAAUUCCAUUGCGUCAAAACCAAACUUCGUUUAUCACGCCACAAAUGGAUAUUCUACUUUGAGUACAGUAAUUAGGAAAUUAAAGAAAGGUCUGUCCACCAAAUGUAAAUAUGGAAAAGAUAAUUGUCGAAUUCGAAAGGAGUUUAACGACCUGACAAACGUUGAGCGGAUUCGCUACAUAACAACAAUUAAAACAGCAUCGACCAACUCUAAAUACAAAAGAAAGUACGAGCGCCUUCUAACUAUUCACAGAACCAUCUUCUCUGGGAAAAAUAUUCACCGGAAGCAAUUCUUUCUUCCUUGGCAUCGUUAG